AUUUUUUGCCUAGUAAGUUUCUGAUUCUGAAAGCUCUUUAUCUGGUACGCUAUUGGUGUCGUUUAUUGUGUGUGUCCACUUGAUUCUGCUCUGCAUUCAGUGUGUUAAUUAAUGCGUGAUCUCUAUUGAGUCACCCCUGGUAUUUCUGGUCAUAGCCCACUCCUAAUUGUGGACCCUGGGCACCAGUUGAAAAGUGUAAUAUAAUUGUAUUACUCGUUGGCCCUAGCAUUGUAUUUCUUGGUUUCAUUGGUGAUCGUAGCAGGACACGCUGCAAGAAGAAAGACAAUGACAAAGGGCAAGAAGAAGGCUGCUCAAGCUCAUCCUGAACCUGACGAAGACACAAUUGCAGGAAGAAGGAAGAAUCGAAACGUCCAGUCCAUUUAUCAAAGACAAGCAGAAGAUCUGGGCAAGUCUCCAGCACAGUCAGUCAACGAUGAUGGACAAGGACUCAACCUUCAGACCCCAAAUGCAAAAAGUGAAACCACAUCUCAACACAGUAGAGCUCAAGAUGCUGUUGAACGUGAUGCUGUGCGUUCCAAAAUUGAUUUAGCAUGCCAGAUGAUCAACAAGCUGAUAGCAGAAAAUGGUUCCCGCCGAGCAUGUCGCGGAUUAGUUGACAAGCUCGACUCCAUGUAUGCAGACACCGAACGUCUUAACUUGUUGGCUGUCAUGCCGAAUCAUACAGAAGAGUUUGGAAGACAAGCAGCCAUCCAAAUUGCACUGUUCACCCAAAUUGAGACAGCAAAGGAAGACGUAGAUGAAUUCAUCAAUUCUCGUGCAGACGAAGCUUCUUCCAUUGCUUCCUUUCAGCCUCUUUCUAUUCGAAGCGAGGUAUUGAGAAACUGGACUCAAACGACUUCUCAAGCCCUAGCUGAUGCGAAACAGAAAGCUGAAGAAGCUCAACGAAACGCAGAAAAGUUGCAGAAGGAGUCAGUCAACGCGAAUAGGAAAGCGGAAGAAGCAAACAAAGAGGUGGAAAAUUUAACAGGUGCUAUGGAGAAAAGAAAAUCUGCAAAUACAGUCAUCAGUAAUGGACAACACGACUGGGGAGACAAAGAAGCUGCUAUCAACGAUUGGCGUCGGAAACCCCUCAUUGAACCAAGGUCUCGAGAAACCGAAGAGGAAGGCGAGCCUGAUUGCUGGAUUGACCGACAUUGCUCCGGUUUGGAAGAUCCGACCUGGUUUUAUUCUCACAAGGCCCCGUCAUUGAAAAGCGAACUUCCGGUAUUUUCUGGUAAAGCUUUAGACUGGUUCUGGUGGAUUGAUCUGUAUCGUUCAAUGGUGCAUGAUCAAAGAAUUUCAGCUGGCGAGAAGUUAGCAAUUUUGAAGAGUCGUUUAAGCGGUGAGCAACUGGACAUUGUUCAAGGUUUAGGAGGAGGAGAACCCGCGUACAAGUCAGCGCUUUCUCGUCUCAAGCAGGCAGCUGGACGCCGGGAUGUCAUGCGAGUUGCCCAUCUCAGUGAACUCGAUCGAAUGGAUCUCGGACGUGAUCCAACGGCAUUACGUCGGUUUGCAGAAAAGGCGCGGACUCAUUUCUUCGAUUUGACGCGGAUUGGAGAAACUUCAAGCUCUGACAUCAUUGAACGUUUAUGCCGGAAACUUCCUCCAGCAGAUCGACUCGAGUGGAAUUCCAGAAGAGGAACUGGAUUGGAGCGUAGAAGUCUCAACGAAUUUGGGGAGUGGCUCUGUGUAAGAGCUUCGGCUUAUCAAAACGCGUACAAUAUUGCAGCAGAACAAUCAUCUGGAAAUGGGUUUGGCAGUUCACGACAUCGUCCGACCACCGCUCGUGCUCAUCACACUAGCUUCGAACCAGAUCGUUCCGACAAGCCCUACAAAAGUCGCUGUUAUUGUUGCAAUGAAGAGCACCGUGUUUUAUCUUGCCCAACGUUCAAGGCAAUGCCGACCAAGGAGAAGAUCCGAUUCUGCAUUAGAAGGCGGUUGUGUCUCAAAUGUUUUGGGGCGAAGCAUUCAGCCAAAGAUUGUACGUUUGGAAAAGGAUGUGGAGUGAAGGAUUGCCCUUAUGAACAUCACAGCUUACUCCAUGAUGCAGGGAAUAUUCCGACUGUAAAAGGCGACAGUCAUCACACUUCUCUUUCAGCCCGAGCGGAUCAAAUGAAGGUGGCGCUGGGAGUAAUUCGGACCGAAGCCUACGCUAUGGAUGGUACAGUUAUUCCGGUGUCGAUGAUGAUCGAUGAAGGCAGCGACACUACACUGUUUCGAGAAGAUUUCCUCCGGCGUCUGAAGAUAAUAGGGAAGAAACAAAAGCUGGAUCUUGUUGGUGUAACAGGUGCCGAACGUUACGAUUCCCAACGUGCUGACGUGCGAUUUCGACUACCUGACGGCGAAGAAACGAUUAUCGCCGGACUGACGAUACCGCAAGUCGCUCGCCCUACUCCAAUUGUUAAUUGGGAUGAACUGAAGCAACGUUGGCCCCAUCUUGCCGACGUGCCCGUUAUGAAGAGUGGAGGAAAGAUCGACGUAUUGUUGGGUCUUGAUCAUUCUCAUUUGAUUGCAGUGUUAGAAUCGAGAGUAGGUGGAGAUGAUGAACCUUUUGCCUCUCGAACCCGAUUGGGAUGGAUUGUUCGUGGCUUGCUUGGAGGAGACAUUGGUCCGAUGACUGCACGCUCUUAUCAUCUCACUGCAACGUCAAGAGAAGAAGGUCCGGCUGUUCAAGACUCCUUAGAUGCCGAAUUUAGAGCCUUUUGCGAAACAGAAAACUUUGGAACGGAGUUUCGAGGCGAAGGUUUGUCGGAGUCAGAGCAGAAGGCCGAGAAAAUCGUCAAUGAAGGUGAACCAGCAUUUGAAAAUUAUCGAAAGCUCGCACAACAUCGUCUUCAAGAUGUACGACAACGCUUCAAGAAGGACCCUAAGCUUGAAGAAGAUUACCGAAAAGCCAUAAAGAAAUAUAUCGACGAAGAAUAUGCGUCGCUAGUUGAAGAUGAAAAUCUCUACUCCAACGACCAGUUUUAUCUUCCCCAUCACGGAGUCUACAAAAAGGUCUACGGGAAGAAAGAGCGAAAAUUGCGAGUCGUGUUUGAUGGAGCUUCUUGCUGGAAACGGAAGAGUUUGAACGAUGGAAUGCGGCCUGGUCCGAAACUUCAAAAUGAUUUAGCUAAAGUUCUUAUUCGAUUUCAACAGGGAGAAAUCGCCUUUUCAGCAGAUAUCACAGCCAUGUACAGCCGAAUUCGACUGAAGCCAAGUGAUGCCCGAUUUCAUCGAUUCCUAUGGCAGGAACCUGGAUCAGAAAAGAUUUUAACGUAUCAGAUGGACCGUCUGCCCUUCGGACUAAAUUGUUCUUCGUUUAUUGCUCUCAAGACAGUGCAGCGAGCUGCUGCCGAUGCAAAGACGGGGAAGAAGGAUUGCAUUGAAGCGGUCGAGAAUAACAUGUACAUGGACGAUUUAUUAAAAGCUGCCGAUAGUGAAGAAUUAGCCAUUGACAACGCGAAGAAUAUUCGGGACGGAUUGGCAGAAGGAGAUUUUCAUCUUACCAAUUGGAUCUCAAACUCACCAAAACUUGUCGCAGCUCUUCAACCAAUUGAAAGCUCUACCGUUGAUUCAACAUGCAGUUUAGCUUCUGAUGAAGCCGAAAAGUUGCUGGGAAUAUUUUACGAGCCUAGUACCGACGAUCUAACCUUCCGAGUAACCGGUGCGGAUGAGGUGGAGUGGACACGUGCUGGAUUACUCAGCAAAGUGGCCGCCGUUUAUGAUCCAUUAGGUCGUGCAGCUCCUCUGAUUGUCAAAGCGAAGAUUAAACUACGCGAAUUAGGCAUCAAGGGCCUGAAUUGGAAGGACGUCGUGACCGGAGAAGAUAAGGCAUGGUGGCAACGCUGGUUCAGCACGCUGAAACAAUUAAACAGCAUCCGGAUGCCAAGGAAUCUUCAGCCGAACAAAAGAAAUAUCAAGAGCAGUCAACUCUUAACGUUUUGUGAUGCAUCCGAAGAGGCCGUUGCAGAUGCAGUGUAUUUGAAUACCUCCUACGAAGACGGUUCCUCUAGUUGCCGAUUGGUGAUGGCGAAAACAAAAUUGGCUCCUCGUAAAACUAUUUCAAUUCCUAAAUUGGAACUUAAUGCCGCUCUGCUUGGCGCAAGACUUUCCAGGUACGUGGAAGAGGCGCUAAACCUUCCUGGUCUCACCCGACUGUUCUGGACGGAUUCAAGUACCACACGGAAUUGGCUACGAGCUGUUGCCGCUCACUAUACGCCAUUUGUCAGCCAUAGAAUUGGAGAAAUUCAAUCUGUCACCGAUCCGAGCGAAUGGAGAUUUGUGCCUGGAAAACAAAAUAUCGCAGAUGUCGCUACGCGGUCGCUUCUCGUCGAUGAAGAACCAAUUCCACCUGGCUGGCUAGAAGGUCCUGAUUUCUUGAAACAACCGGUUGACCUGUGGCCAAAAGAUUUACCCUGGAUGGCUGUUUCCGCCGAGCGAAGUGCUGCCCAUUCUCAACAUUUGACGAAAACACGGUUCGAGCAUGAUUGGUCAAAAUUGAAAAUUGAUUCAUCUAAUCUUUCCAGCUGUCUCAAGAUGGAAGGCCCCUACCAAGAGUUGGUGCGUCGGUGUCAAGAAGAAGAAUUUAAUGAAGAGAUCCAGCAGCUCCGCCGAAAUAGACCGCUCAGCCGAACAUCGAGACUUCAACAAUUAAGUCCGUUUUUAGAUAGCGACGGAAUUCUACGACUUGGAGGCCGCAUCCGUCGAGCCCGUUUACCCUAUGACAUCCUGCAUCCUCCAAUCCUGCCAGGAAAGCAUGUUCUUGCAGAGGCGAUCAUCAUAGCGAUCCAUAACGAGGAGCAUCACGUCGGCACGGAUUUUCUACAUUCAAAGGCUCGGCAACACUUCUGGAUUCUACAAGGGAAGGAGCUGGCAAAGAAAAUUCGCUUCAAAUGUUCAACUUGUAUUAAGACAAGAGCCAAGUUAGCAACUCAGAAGAUGGGAGAUCUUCCAGCUGCCCGUUUGGAUUCAUACUCCGCCCCAUUUACCCAUGUCACGCUUGAUUAUUUUGGGCCGAUAGAAACUUCGGCGUACAGGGGGAGGAUUACCAAGCGAUAUGGCUUACUUUUAUCCUGUUGUGUAACGCGCUAUGUUUAUCUAGACCUGGCCCAAUCAUUUUCGACGCCGGAUUUUCUUUAUUGUUUUCGUCGCUUCGUCGGGGAGUAUGCAAAACCAUCUGAAGUCUUCAGUGAUAAUGGCACGAAUUUCGUCGGCGCAGAAAAGGAAAUGGUGGCAGCCGUUCGUGAGCUACAGAUGGACGACAAAUUUCAAGAAUUCGUUCAAACGAAGUCGAUUGUUUGGAAAUUCCAGCCGCCCAGUGCUCCACAUUUCGGCGGAUCUCAUGAAUCGUUGGUGAAAUCCGUGAAAAGAGCGCUCUACCGAGCAUUGGAUACGGAAAAGGCCAGCUUAAGAUAUCCGACGGAUGAGAUGCUGAGAACUCUGCUGAAGGAGGUAUCAGGCCAGCUAAACAGCCGUCCCUUGACGCUCGCGAGUAACGACCCGGAAGAUUUUCGACCAAUUACCCCAAGAGAUUUCUUAAAUUUGCCGCCAACUUCCGAUUUACCUGCUGGAAUCGUCAAAAAUGCUCUCCCUCGGGACCAUGUGAGAUAUGUCAAGAAGAUGGCUAAUCUCGUUUGGGAUUUGUGGACAAAAUUUUAUCUUCCCACUUUAAUUCCUCGACGAAAAUGGACGACGGAGGAAAGGAAUUUUGUCGUCGGAGACGCCGUGAUGGUGUCAGAGAGCAAUCUACCGCCCAGCCAAUGGAAAAUGGGGCGCGUGAUCGAAGUCUUCCCUGGAUCCGACGGUCUCGUCCGAGUAGUCAAAGUGAAGACUGGUAGCGGUGAUUAUUUACGAGCAAUCCAUCGACUAGUAUUAUUGGAACAAGGUUCGGCCAGCGUUCCGCUGACCUCGGGGGAGAAUGUUCCAGCGAAAAUCGACGCUUAA